AUGCGGGUAGACGACUACGACCCUUGGAAGGACCAGGUGUAUUGGUGGGUGGUGCUUAGCACUGUGUUAACCUGGAUACUUGCCGUCGUGGCGGCGGCUGCGGACACAUGGUUUCAAGGGGGCAACUUCAGUCUUGGGGACGAGUGCUACGGCGGCGGCGGCUUCUGCGCCCGGUACGCGACUGCAACCGCAUUCCAAUACAUCGCAACGCUGGCGUGCUCGGUGGCGGUUUUGCUCCUCGCUCUUUCAGCCUUCGCAAAAGGCUACGGGGGCGAAAGCCACUCCCCGGUCGAAGGGGCGAGGGGUGCGGGGCAACCGCCACCUUGGCGAAGCAGCCUGAUCUCGUCGCGUGAGCUCGGCAGGGCCGGCGUGUGGGGGUUGCUGGUGUUCACCGUGGCGGAGUUUCUUGUGUUCAUCGUGAUGACGGACCUAAGGAAUCGCGAUUUACCGGCAGUAAGCCGUGGCGACGCGUACAACUGUGCCAUCACGGCCACCGUGUUCGUGAUGUUGCAGGCGAUCGCCUUGUCGCUACUUCGCGACCACGGCACAUUCAACGGCGGCAUCUUCCACAACGAGAAUACUGCCCAUGAUUUUGGGCGAUACUGCACUGUAUACAACGCGUAUCACGCCGUAAUCGCCAGCGCGUUGCUCAUCACGUGGCCGUUUGCGAUUGAGGGGGCAGCUGGCAACCAAUGGGUCGGAUCUUCGGUGGACCUCGCAUUGGGCGGGACUUGCGGAGACUACUCGAGCGACGACUUCUGCCCUGGAUCACUGGCGCUGGCUACCAUAAUCGAACGGCCUGCCGGACCUCUCGUGCCUGAUGCCCUUCAACGCCAAGAGCUCGUGAAGACCGGAGCCUGGGGGCUCCUGUGUUACGCCGCUACGCAGUUGCUGGCGUUCGCCGUCGUGGCGGGUAUCAAGGAGGAAUACUUAAAGGACGACCCCUACGGCGACACCUUCGCCGUUGCCGUGACGAGCGUCUUCGUUGCUGCUGCACAGGCGUUCGGCAUCUUCUGGUGGCACCCACAGUGCCGCAUCCAUGGCCCGAUCUUUGCUCGUUUCGGGCCUCAGCAGAACGGGUUCCAAUCGGUUCACUAUUGGACGACAGCAGCCAGCUCGAUGAUUACGUUCUUAUUUUCCGUGAUCAUUGCUGCCGACGAUGGUUGGCUUCGUGACAGAGGCAAGUUAGACUCCUGCACGAACAGCGACGAGGAGCAUUGCGAAACAUACAAAUCUGCCGUCGACUUGCAGAUCUUCGCUACCUGUUGCUGUUCUCUCGCUUUCGCGAUGCUCGUGGGGUCUGCCGUUGCUCCAACGAAAACGUCGACCAACCUGGGCUGGUUGGGAGGGUGGUUGCUCGUGCUGUACGCCUUGACGCAGCUCGUCGUUCUCUGCAUAAUGUCAGGGAUUCGGAAUCGAUACUUCCACGCGAUUCCAUACGGACCCACGCUCGGUUUUGCGCUCUUCACCUCACUCAUGGCAGCUGUUCAGGGCUGCGUGGUUUUACUAUCCUAUUGUGCUGGCACGCGCAACGGAGGUGUCGUGGGCUUCACGGUACGUUCCCGAGGAGUACAUGCGUACACCAACCAUGCGCCGUACUGGGCAGCGAUAGAGAUGGGGCAGGAGACAAAGGCAUCGGACGGCGAUCAGGAUCAUGUCAUCGCAGGGUUCAGAGUAUGGCACCCCAAGGCCAUGACGGAGUUCACUCUAUUGAGGCUUGCUUCUGACCACCCGGACUUCGAAGUUCUCGCCAACCAGUUCCGGGAGUGCUGGAAGAAAGGCCCAGCACCCGACGUUGCGAGAAUCUACGAGAUCCAGUUAAACGAUGAUCUUGCAAGGAAGAUUGAGGCCUACCACACCUCCAAGGGAGAAGUCUGCGUCGCGUACCACGGCACGCGUUGUCACUCAGCAUGUGAUUUUUUCGUUAAGGAACAGGUAGGGCCGUGCGGCCGUCGGACGUGCAGCGUCUGCACUAUUUGCAUGAAAGGCUUCACGAUGGAGAAAGUGGGGAGAACCGCGCGCUCCUCCAGUUUUCAGUUGAGAUAUGGCAACGGACUAUAUUUCUCGAAGACUUCGGGCAAGGCGAACGACUACUCCAGAACCAGGGUAAACUUGGGGCUACAACGUCACCACGUGAUGCUGGUGUGUAAAGUCUCCUUAGGAAGAGCAUUCCAGGCCAAGACCCACAAUCUUCACGAGCAAUCCUGCCCAGUGCCUGGGUAUGACUCUACGGAAGGGCUGACCAAAGAGCAGGGGGGGUCGCUGAACUUUGACGAGGUCGUGGUGUACGACGAUGCCGCCGCCAGGCCGACACACCUGAUAUCCUACAGUUUCGAGGACUGAAGAUUUACGACCGACCCUGCAUUUUCUGCUCUCUUUCCCAGAAGUAUUAUAACAGAAAGACGUUUCCGAAGAGGAUUCCCGCAUGGUGUCGGAAGUAUAACGCGAACCUGAUGGAUGUUAUUGUGCACAAAUGGUUGCACAAGUGGUUACCAGAGCAGGCGUUGUUUUCUGGUCAGGAACGUUCGUGUGUGCACCUUAGCGGAUUGACAAAACACCGUUCCUGGCCGGAGCUUAUGUGCGUGUGUGUGCUGGAGACAGGCUAUAAACAGGACAACCAUUGGGUGUAAUACUCAACGGCAGCGCCAGAGUGAGAAGGCCUUAUUCACGGCGUAUUAUAGGGGAGCAGUGGGGGGCAUACAUGCGUAUCUACGCAGCCUUUGUGGGCCUUCCCGCUGCCGGUUGUAUGUUUGCCAUUGUAUGUUUCAUAGGGAACCGA